CAUUCCAUGAUAUUUUUCUUCCAUCAUUAUGAGAUGCCUCUGAUACUGUAUCAAGAUCGAUUGCAACGUAUUCUCACAGAGAUUAAUACUGCGCCGCCGGCUGGCCCUCUGGACGUCCAGCAAGUUACCGUUUCGAUCCACACACGCCCUGUAGUACAGGAGGUCAACCCCACCGAUGAGCAACGUCAUGGGGAAAAUCACGAGCCAACAUCGCAAGUACAAGAGUUUUCUACGCAGAAUGGUGCUGUAGGAUCUGCUGACCACGCUGAUGGUGCAACAGUCACUGGAGAAGCAUCAGUUCUGAACUCCACACUUCCAUCUUCAUCUACGGAUCCCGUCGAAAGAAUAGCGGAAGAGGUAGUGUCGGAAGCGAUAGACGAACUUUUCCUUUCUUAG